AUGGCAAAUCCAUCAAAUUACAAAUUCGAUAAAACAUUACUCACCGAGAAUUUAUUCUCAAUCGAACAAAAGGGAAUCACGAAAAUUAACCGAACCAAAUUUCCAAAACAAAGAAGUAAUCGUUGUCUUACAAGAAAAAAGAACAUACAAAAGCUUAAUGGUGAUCUUGGUGAAAAAUUUUCGAAAAUUACUCGCAAAACAAGCAAAAUUGAGAAGGCUCAUUCAAAUUCAGACCACAGCAGUUCAAAUUCAGAAGUUGCAGAUGAACCUCUCUCAGAUGAUUCUGAUGAUGAUUUCGAGGUAAAGGCUAAAGGUAAAAAGAGUCCAUAUCCUAUUCCAGAAUUAUCAGAUGGAUCUUUUGAGACACCAAUAAGUUCAGAAUCCGAGACUUUUGAAAAUAAAAAAAUUUCAAAUGCUCCAAACGAGAAAAGUACUACAGACAAAUCUGAAUCAGACAAUGACGAGGAACCUAUAUCGUCUGAAAGCGACGUUUACAAAGAAGUUGAAGAAGUUCAAAAUUUCAAAGAAAUUUCCAACCCUGCUAUGCCCAAAAAGAAUAAUGUUGAUAGCGAUGAUGACGAUAGUUGGAUCAUACGUCCAAAAAAGGAAAUACAGAAGAACAAACUUGAAAUUAUUGCUGAAAAAUGCGAAAAGAGAUUAAACAGAGUGAGAAAUUUAAGUCAGGCUUUACCAAAAUUUGAUGAAGAUGAUUUGGAAAGUCCUUUGUCGGAAGAUGACUAA